AUCCGUCAAGUUCUGGUUUUACUUGUUCCGAGUUGUUUGUUAGUCAUUCUAUCUAAGUACCCGAAAAUCAAUUUUUAUUAUAGUAAUUUAUAAAAAAAUUUAACUUUCUUUUUAUUUUUUUCCUGGAAUAUACAUGUUUUAGAUUUUGAUUUUUUUUUACCGUGAGUUAAUGUUUUCUAGGCAUUUAUUUCGGAUCUCUUUUUGACGUGAAUUCGAUUUUGUUCGUUUUACUAUAUUUAGGGUUUUGAAUUUUUUUUUUCAAGUUAAUUAAUAUUAUUUUUGUAUUUGGAUUCACUCUUAUUCAGUCCCUAAAGACUAGCUAUUGAUAGAUGCUUGGUCUUUUCUAGCAUUUUUUUUUUAAAUUUCGGUUAAUUGCUUUUAUAUUACGCUAUUUUUUUUUUUUUUGGCUUUCUCUUGAGUUUUGAGUGAGUUGAUGUGGAUACUGAGAGUGUUCUUCUGAGCCUACAAACUCUGUCACUUUGUUUCUCAACUUAGUUGUUAACUGAUUAAAACCCAUUUUACUACCAAUAAUGUGAGCAAAGGAGUAUAACACUGGCGGUUUUCUUCCAGGAGUAAUGUUGAUGAUAGCGUGAAUGAUGGUUGUUUGAAUACUGUUAGAGAAUUAGAUUGUGGUGUAUUGGAUCAUGGGGGCUGCUUGUUGUGUUGCUGCUAGAGACAAAACUAUAGUAAAUGCAUCAGGUAAUGAGGCUUUACAUAGGAAUAUAAGGUGUUCACCAACAUGGAGUUUUCGUUGGGAUAACCGAGGGCGUGUAGCGGGCGAAGACACUUCUGUUAGUUGGUUUUCGGAUGCGAUUAGUCGGAAUGAUGGAUCAGAGAUCAAAUAUGAAUCUGCACGUGCAUCAGUGGAUGGAAGUCCGCCUGAGAGUUUUCAGUCUCGUACGUGGCAAAAGUCCCCAACUUCUGAAGGAACUGUUGGACAAGUGAGAACUCCUGCUUCAGAUCAAUCUAUUUCAAGAAAUAUCUCUAUUGAUGUGAACUUAGAGCAGGUGAAGGCGUCAGUAGAAUCCCCUGCUGCCUCAUAUCCAUCUCCCUCUAAGUUAUCACUUUCUUUGCCAUCAGCUUCCUCCUUAGCAACAUCCCCUUUGUCAUCCCAGAGUCAUGUGCAUCCUACCAGUUCAACAACAACAAGGUGGCCUCUCAGAUCUCCUGGACGUCAUCUAUUGCGUCAAGUAUCUGAUAACUGUAUUUUGGGAUUGAAGUCACCUAAUAGAUGCUCGGUUGGCGAGGAAAGGCUAUCGAUGCCUUCAUGGAGCAAUGAAUCCACUGGGGGCUCUGGGGGUGGUUCUUCUGAUGGUUGGUCUAUGCAUGCCUUUUCUGAACUUAUGGCUACAUCUCGUAGGGAAAGGUGGUCUUUUGAUAAUGACACAUGGGGUUUUGAUCGGGAGAAGAUAAGCAAAUCCAGUGGCCGAAUCUCAGCUUCCCCCUCUGUUGAUCUCCGAACAUGUGGUGUUUGCUUAAAGCUAUUAUCAGAAAAAUCUUUAUGGAGCAGCCAAAAGAUUAUUAUUAGCAAUGAUCUUUCUGUUGUUGCUGUUCUAACUUGUGGGCAUGUUUACCAUGCUGAAUGCUUGGAAAAUAUGACCCCUGCAAUCGACAAGUAUGACCCUGCUUGCCCCAUAUGUACUUUGGGGGAGAAGAAGACACAUAAAUUAUCUGCAAAAGCAUUUAAAGCAGAAAUAGAUUUUAAGGCUAAAAUCAACAAAAUAUCGAGGGGCUGGGUUGUUGAUGGUGUUGAUAGUUAUAUUGAUGGUGAUUCUGUUGUAUUUAAUCGUGUGAAAAGUACUGGACAUGAAGGGAAGGCCUCCAUUUUGAGCAUGAAAAGCUCCAUGGGCAGGCCUUUCCUGCGGAAGCACUUUUCUUUUGGAUCAAAGGGAAGUAGGCCCCCUUCAGAGAAUUGUUCUGCCAGGAAAAAGGGAUUUUUCUGGACCAAAUCUAGCAAGAUGUGAACUUCAUGUAUGCUGUUAGGAGAUACCGGUUUUGUUUUCCACUGCAGUCAUGUUGGAUAUAGGGAUUGCAGACAGUGCAGGAUGUCAUUCUUGAAGAAUUCCUGACACCACCAUUCUGAAGUUUCAACACAAUUAUCUUGUGGGACUCUCACUGUAAAGAAGAAAAUGGAAAUUACAGGUAAAAGAAUAGCUAAACAUGAAGAAAAAGUUUAAGGAAUGAAAAAAAAAAUAGUAUAACAUUAGUGAUUGUAUUCUUAUUUUGUACAGAUUGAUCUGUUUCCUGCUUGGAUUCAUAGACCAAUUGAUUCAUAUGAAAUUCUGUAUGGCUAAUUGACUCUGGAUCUUCCGAGAAGCCAGUUAUUUCUUUUUAGGGCUUUAUGUUAUUGGCUUUCCACGUUUUCCAA